UGGUCACGGUGUCGUUUGCUACGAUACGAAAAUUAUCUCAAAAAUUUAUUUCGUCAUGAGUGAAAUAGGAUAUAUAUGUAGUUAUUGUAAGUGGGUAUUAAAAAAGGAUCAAAUUACAAUGCAUUCAUGUCUAAAUAUUGAUAACAAAAAGGAACAAAUCUUAGUGAUAGAUAGUCAAAACAGACAUAUUUCCAUACAAGAUAUUGAAAACUAUGAAUUAGAUGAUAUAGAAAACUAUACAGAAAGAAAUGAGGUGGCGAAAGAGAUGAGUAAUAAUGACUCUUAUUCAAUAAAUAAACAAGCAAUUGAUGAAGAUUUAAUAAAUGCUGUCCAAAAGAGACCUGCAUUAUAUGACUAUCGAAUGCCCUUAAAAGAACGAAGUCGACAAAAGAAUGAUUUAUGGAAAAAAGUGUCUAAAGAUUUAAAUGGAAUAUAUACACCAAUAGAAGCAGAAAAAAGAUGGAAUUAUCUAAAAGAUCGCUAUCGAAAGUCAUUAAAUAGUUAUAAAAAAAUUCAGGAAUCUACUCAAAGAAGCGGUGCAGCUGGUAUUCCUAAAAAUCAAUUAAUUAAACCAUCAUUUAAACAUCAUCAUUUAAUGAGUUUUCUAAAUGAUGUUUUUCAGCAUCGUGCAUCGAUUUCGUCUAUAAGAAUGAUUGAUGAACCAUCUACAUCGAAAGCAAUAGAGAAUGAAGAUUCAUUGAAUGAACUAGUCAAUGAUCCCAAUGAAAAAAAUAAUGAAAGUGAAUUUAUACCGUCAUCUGUAUCUUCUGGCCUUUCGUAUAGAAGCACUCCAUCAUUGGAAAGAAAAAAAAGAAAAACUGUAGGAAAUUACGAUGAAUAUGAUAAAAUGUUUUUAGAGGCAUUAAAAACACCUGUACAGCCUAAUCCAAUUGAUUGCUUCAUGCUGCGUUUAGCAGAGGGAAUGCGCAAACUUCCCUAUAAAGAAAGAUAA